AAAACUACCCCAACUCAGACUCUUCUAGCAAUUAACAUCUUGUCCAACGCCCUCAAAAAGUCCUGAAACCAUCAUGACAAUUAUGAAGAGAUUCACCUUCUUCAUCUUUGCCCUGCAGUUGUUUGGGAUCUGCUUGGCCCAGGAUGCACCUCUCUUCAUCCAAGGCGGCCUUGAAGGAGCUGGUGCCACGGACGACUCCUACAACUCGGGCGGAGUGAUCACCGUCAAUGGGUUUGCCAUCUCUGUUCCGAAGAAUCUUCUCGUGCAAUUCCCGGCUGCUUAUGUCCCGUUCAAGGACUUUGCAGCUGACCAGGCUUCUAUGCUCGGUUAUGAGGUGAACGUCAUCGGCAACUUCAUCAACGGCGUGCCCUGGGCAGCUCAGAUCAUUACUUACCAGUUCUUUGAGGGACUCAGCAGUGGUUUCAUCGAGUCUCUCAACUAUGCUGAAGGUACCAUCAAGAUCCGGGCCGGCCCGACUUUGCGCAUCAGCGACCCCAACGCCGUCUUCUCGGUUGGCUAUAGUGGAGCCCCCUUCUUCACUGCGGAUGAUGAAAGCCCAAGCAUCAGCUCGUUCUCAGGAUUCCCCAUGUGCAUCCCUCGCAACACCACUGAUCCGCUUUGCCCCUUGACGAACCGCCCUUUCCAGGGUUCUGGCACCUUCUCUGCACCGAACCCACUGGUCAUGGUGCCGUUCCUUCCCGGCGACUUUGUGACAUUCUCUGGCAUCAAGCGAGGAAAUGAGGUCAUCUGCUUCAGCAUCGUCGCCAACAAUGUCCAAGUCCUGACUCUCCAGAAUCUCGUCUACGUGCGGAUGGAGCUUGGGCUGCUUGGUAUCGCAAAUUUCAAUCCAAACACAGAGCUGGCAGAGUCUCGUUUCAUCGGCUUCACCUCCAACAACCGAGCCCGGAUUGCGCUCUACGCCAUGGAUAUAGACCCGUGCACUGGCGCCACCACCGACCGCAUAAUUGCCGAGAUUGGCCUCAAGAAUAAUGAGCAAAACAAGUUCGAGUUCCGCGCCGACAUUCUCGGCGGCUAUGCCCGCGACUACCGAGCGGUGGCAGAGAUUGAUGGCGUUCCCCGCACGCGGCUCACAAGCAACGGCCUGCUGGCUGGCACCUACGUCCAGCCCAUCAAUGUCUGGGUACACGGCGAGCAGGUCAUUCCUGGCAGUGCCCCGCCGCCCAACGACUUCUCUGAGAUGCCGUGGCUCACGCGGGGUGUUGGUGUCGAUGAGAAUGGCAACCUCUGGGGCCCACUUGAGCCAUUCCCCCAGACUGGUGUCCUCAUUGACGUUCCUAAUUGUGCCAAUGCUGCGAUUGCCACCGCCGAUAUUGAUGGUGCUGAGCUCAGCUUCACCCCAUCCUCCGUUCUUCUCGCUGGUGGCCCUCCGCCUAACGUCACUGUGAUCGAGUCCCGUGACCUUGGGAGUUUACCGCGGGAUAGCCCGCCCGCCAAGCGUGUGGCAAGCCCUGUCUGGUUGCCCCGUGGCCGCGCAAGCAACAAGCUCGCUCAAUUAUGAGCUGGCUUGCUCACAACCAGCGGCUUGGAACCCGUUGAAGCUGUCAUCGAGUUGCCAUCCUACUUGCCGCUGCUCAAUUCCUACGAUUCCUCAAGUCUGACAGGCUCGGGGGAGGGAACUCUGUCAUUAUCGGCAUUCUUGUACAUAUUUUCGUCCCACGCUCUUUGGCAGAACCCCUUCGCGUGUAUGACUUCUUGUGUCAGGAGACCUAUAUAUACAUCCUGACUUUCCAUCUGUGCGUAUUACUUGGCCAAUCAGGACUGUAAUUGAUUCAUGCG